CUAAUAUAUUAAGCUAAUGUUUUAUCAUCCUAAUAGUUAUUAGAUUUUUAAGUUAUGCAUUACUACUUACACCACACCUAUGCGCUAUGCUCAUAAGUGUCGAGACAAUGAAGGGCACAUUUUAUGAAAGCGACUCUAAGAAUUAUAGAGCUUAGAACCAAUUAGUAUCCAGCCACGACCGGGCUACUAAACUUAUUUUGACAGUCAGCCCCAAUUUUUCACUACUGGCUAACCUAGGUCUUUCCUCAUCCACCACAGCCUCAUUCACGAAGCACAAAGCCGAUGAGAGUGAAAACAUUAAGUCGGCGCUACUACUACAUACCUCAUCUAUACUCUUAUUUUUUUAAUUUUCAAGUUCGACUCCAUAUUAGAAUUCAUCCUUCCUUUCUUUCAAGCCCUUGACUAAAGCAUCAUGGCAUCGUUGCCGGCGGGGAUAACCCCUCGCCUUGUUGUGUACUACCAGACUAUUCACGAUUCCAACGGUAACCAUAUCUCAAUAUUACCCUUAAUCACGAAGCCCGACAUAUCGAUUACACACCUAAUCGUGGCCGCGAUUCACAUCAACGAAGAUCCAAAUGGCUUAACACUCAACGACCAUCCCCCCUCAGACCCGCGAUUCAUUACCAUGUGGGCAGAGAUGCGCAUUGCUCAAGCUAGCGAUAUCAAGGUUCUUGGCAUGUUAGGCGGUGCAGCUAAGGGUUCUUAUUCUCGGCUAGACCAAGACCAGGAGACUUUUGAGAAGUACUACGGUCCUCUCUACGACCUUAUCCGAGAAAGAGAUCUCAACGGCCUCGACUUAGAUGUUGAAGAGCAAAUGUCGCUAGGGGGCAUCGUGCGCCUUAUCGAUAGACUCAGAGCAGACUUCGGUCCCGACUUCAUCAUUACUCUUGCGCCGGUCGCAGCAGCUCUCCUCGAUCCAAGACGCAAUCUCAGCGGCUUCGACUAUGAGGCCCUGGAAGUUAUGCGCGGCAAGCAAAUUGCUUGGUACAAUGCACAGUUCUAUUGCGGAUGGGGCGAUGCUAGUACUCCCGUGAUGUAUGAAAUGUGCAUCGCAAGGGGCUGGCCGCCGGAAAAGGUUGUCGUUGGUCUUGUGACGACGCCAGAUAACGGACCCGGCUGGGUACCAUUCGAAGUUUUAGAACCGACGCUGGCAGUCUUGUGUCACCAGUUCUCUAAAUUUGGAGGUGUCAUGGGAUGGGAGUACUUCAAUGGGCUGCCAGGGGGCAAAGGACGACCUUGGGAAUGGGCGCAGCGCAUAACGAAGCUGUUAGGGGGCACUCGAGCUUGGGAUGCAGAAAGUACCAACGUAAAAAAGGCUCAGGGUAGAGGGGUUCUCGAAGUAGAUCCGGACACUGGUAAUGGACCAGAUCCAGAGAUUCCUCAGGGUUUCGAGUAUUACUCUGAUGGCUUGGAUGAGGAUGCCAACUAAGUUGGUCUUGGUGAAGAAUGAGUCACUAUAGGUGCGUCAGGGUCGUACUUCCAAGAGUUUACGUGUGCUAUCCAAGUCUCGUAGUGACUGUAUAGACCGUCAAUGAGAGCAAUCAUAUUGCCGAAGUCAGGACAACAUCAAUCCUAAAGUAGGAUCGCGAGAUGAGUUCCAACAUUCAGCGCACUUCGGCAGCGUAGGUAUAGUCACCACGAUUAACUAUGGCCAACUUCUAGGAGCUUAAAUGUUGUGCCCUAGAAGCAUUUAAGAGAGGUUCACGGGGUAGCGAU